AUGAACAACACAUCUGAGCACCAGUCAAACGAAGUGCCUCCUCUCUUUGGGCCCUGGUUUCUCUACCCUGUGGCUACCUGUUACAUAUCGAUCGCAGUAGUGGCAGUUGUUGGAAACCUUCUGGUCUGUUUCGCUAUACUCACUAACAGAAGUCUAAGACGUAAGCCAACAAACCUACUUCUGCUGUCCUUGGCCGUCUCCGAUCUUCUAACCGCAGCUAUAACAAUACCUUUUGACAUAGAGUCUCUUUUUCGCCAAGGAGGUUGGAAACACGGAGCUGUAAUGUGUGUAGCUUUUCUUACCGUGUACCUCAUCACUGUACCGACCUCAAUUUUGACGCUCUUGGCCAUCAGCGUGGAUCGCUAUCAAAGCCUUCGUGAUCCUCUGAGCCGCUUUCGCCGCGCACAGUUCAUGACCCAAAGAAAAGCUUUACUUGUGACCGGCCUUAUCUGGUUGUACUGCAUCAUAUUUGCCUUUCUUCCCAUCAUGGGAUGGCCGUUUCUGGAAAGAGGUCAAGAAAUCAUACUCAAUGGUUCCUGCGUGGUCCCUUUUAGCAAGUUAUACACAUCUCUGAGCAAUUUUCUUAACUUUGUUGGGCCGUUGGUAGUCACUUGUGUGUUAAACAUCAUGAUAUACUGUAUUGCUCGUAAGCAUACUAGAGGCGGUGCCAGUUUUAAGCCGCGCCAGGAGAGCGGACAGAAAUCCAAAGAGGACGCCAAGGCCCAUGCAAGAAACCUAAAAGCAGCCAAGACAACCUUCAUGUUUGUGGCAGCUUUCUUCUUUUGCUGGCAGCCCUACUCCUAUUUCAGCAUUGUUGCUAAUCUAUGGGGACAUGAUAACUGGAAAACAUACCCGUCUAAGCUUUUCUAUGUACUGUUGAUGUUUGGCUACCUUAACUCGGCUCUGAAUCCUUUUCUGUUCGCAUUCCGCAACAAAGAAUUCAAGCAUACCUACGAGAGAAUGGCCAGCUCGGUCAAACGCCGCAAUUCAAGAGUAAGACGUCGCUCCACCGUCUCACUCAGUACCCUUUCCUCUGAUAUUCCCGAAUCUGAGAACAAAAACGUCUGUCUUCAGUCCGUCAAGCACAAAAGAACAACGCCAGACCCACCAAGAAGAGGCACCACGAGUCAGGCACAGUAA